GUUUUGUUUGUAAAACUUGUAAAAGUACAAAAUUGCCUCAAUAUAUUAAGGCCAAACAUGAUUGAUAUAUUAUCGUUGCCGCGUCGCAACAAUGUGACCAGCCAGAGCAACAAGCACCAGGCCAGUUAUAAGUCUGGUUUGCCCAUAAACAGUUUGCCCGGCUGGGAAUUAAUACCGCUCAACUGUAAACUGCCCAUGCUCAAGUGUCCUGGUAAUCAGGUGAUAUUUUCAAAGGAUAAAAUCGGCAAUACGUUCAAAUGCAGCAUGCAGGAUUUUGAUUCAUCUGUAACCGUACACAUUCCGGAAUAUAAUCCGUUGCACGAUUCCAAUUUAAAGACCUUCUAUUCGAAUGAGCGCAAUUUGAAGCGACUGCGCGAGAAUGGUGAGAUCACCGAUGAGAAUGAGGUUAUCUGCAAUCUAAAGGAUUUUAAUCAGUAUCGCGAGGAUCUGCACAAAUCACAGUUGUACUAUGUGCUUCAGGCAUACAGACAACGUGAGACGGAACGUCAGGAUCGCCUCCUGAUCGCAAAUGCGGAGGGCAUCUCGCGACGGGAUCAUAUGGAGAUGGGCGCUCGUCAUCACAAUCAGGAGGAGGUGCUGGCACGGAAGCAACGACUGGAGGAGGAACGUCAUGAUAGGAAGAUGCGCAUCUAUAACAUCACAGAGGAGCGUUUCAAGAAACUGGAGGCCAUGACAGCGAUGCAACAAAUGUUGCUCGAGCAUCGCAAGAUGUUGACCAAUAUGCGGAUGAAGGCGCACAUCAGUUUGCACCAGGAUCUGCAGCGCAAGCAUCUUAUCAAGCUGAAGAAACUGUUCCAGUUCAAGAAGGAUCGCUACAACAAGAAUAUGCGCAAUUUGCACAAGCAGCGAUUGAUGAAGCAUACCGAGGGACAGAUUCAGUCGUGGCACAAGCGUCUCAAUGAGCGCAUUGCACAUCAGCGAAGGAUCGAAGUGCUCCUCAUGGAUGUGCAACAUGAGCGGGAACAUUUCAUUGCUAAUCACAUCAAGAAGUACCAGGAGAAAUGGCAACGCAUACAGGACGAGAUCAAGAAUCGGGGUCAUCAGACGAAAAUCGCUCGCCAGCCCAAGCGACACAAUCAGAAGAAGAAGAAGAAGCCGAGGUGUGUGCAGCCCUCAUUCUGUGAUGAGUAUCAGGAGAGCUUUGAAGGUCUCCUCGACAGCGAACUGUGCUAUGCCCUGAAUGCAGCCAUCGCCUUGGAUGGCCAUACCCCCGUCACCUUUGCGCCCAACGAUCCCAUUUACAAGGCCGCCCAGUAUAUCCUCAAUCACAUCUUGCAGGGCUUCAACGUCGAUCUCAGCGAAGAUGAGUGCGCCAUCAGCAUUUUGUCCUCGCGCAUCAUGAACUUCAUUUGCGAUGCCAAGAAAUAUGUCAACUAUAAAGCCAUACAGAUAAUUGGCUUUGCGCGGCAUAAUAAGGCCAUGGAGCUGCCGUCAUCAUCGCCAAUGAAGAACACGCUGGCAACGAAAAAUCAAUCCCGGGUCUCGCAUGUCUCAUUCAGUGGCGUCGCUAGCACCAUUGGCAUGAGCAGCUAUGAGAUUCAUCCGUUUGUCGAUGUGCGCACCUGCACAGAUCGACGACCGACGCCGGCGGGUUCGUUGGCCUCUCUCAUUGUCGGCCAGGUGGGCGAACAGGAGGUACAUGAGAAGCAACAUUUGCCACACAUGAAUCGCAACGAAAUCGUAUUCAUCGAACACUAUUUGGUGAAGUUCAAGCGAGAAAUGUUUGUGAGAUUGGAUAAGCAGGUUUUUGCCGCCAUUCAGUGUCACUUUGAGAAUCGCUUUAUGGAGGUGCGCGAGGAGUUGCUCGAACUGGACAAAGAUUUCCUCUACAAUCAGAUUGCGAUUGGUAUUCUGAGUUUCGCUGUGAAUCCGUUGAACUAUGAGACGGCUUUGAUGCUGACCGUGAGUGUUUUGUCCAACGAGAUCAUUUGGGAAUUGCAGAAUACGCUGCUCAAGCCGGGCGUCGAGCCACGUGGACAGACGCAUCCAACGAGCUGUGGCAGCGAUGUUGAACGGGAACAGCGUGCCUUCUGCUCAAUUUAGCUUACAGCGCAUAGAGAAUCCACAGGUCUAGCGCACAAAAUUCUUGUGAAAAGCAAUGUAAUUAAACUUACUUGUAUAUAUUAAACUGUUGUUCGUCUUCUA